CCUGUCAGGGAAGCGGCGCGCGCGGGCGGCAGGCGGGUUGGGACUCCGCAGCACAGUGCCAGCGCCAGCUCCAGAGCAGCCCGCGCCCGGCGCUCUCCCGCCCGGCGCCUGUUUUCGGGUCGCGAUCCCGCACUCCCGCCUUGCCCGUACGCUGCCCAAGUAUGGAGUUGCUGUGCUGUGAGGGCACCCGGCACGCGCCCCGGGCCGGGCCGGACCCGCGGCUGCUGGGGGACCAGCGUGUCCUGCAGAGCUUGCUCCGCCUGGAGGAGCGCUACGUGCCCCGCGCCUCCUACUUCCAGUGCGUGCAAAAGGAGAUCAAACCGCACAUGCGGAAGAUGCUGGCGUACUGGAUGCUGGAGGUGUGUGAGGAACAGCGCUGUGAGGAGGAAGUCUUCCCCCUGGCCAUGAACUACCUGGAUCGCUACCUGUCUUGUGUCCCCACCCGAAAGGCGCAGUUGCAGCUCCUGGGUGCGGUCUGCAUGCUGCUGGCGUCCAAGUUGCGGGAAACCACGCCCCUGACUAUCGAAAAACUCUGCAUCUACACCGACCAUGCUGUCUCUCCCCACCAGAUGCGGGAGUGGGAGGUGCUGGUCUUGGGAAAACUCAAGUGGGACCUGGCUGCUGUGAUUGCACAUGAUUUUCUGGCCCUGAUUCUGUACCGGCUCUCUCUGCCCAGUGACCGACAGGCCUUGGUCAAAAAGCACGCCCAGACCUUUUUGGCCCUCUGUGCUACAGAUUAUACCUUUGCCAUGUAUCCGCCGUCUAUGAUCGCGACAGGCAGCAUCGGGGCUGCAGUGCAAGGCCUGGGCGCGUGCUCCACAUCCGGAGAUGAGCUCACAGAGCUGCUGGCAGGGAUCACAGGCACCGAAGUGGACUGCCUGCGGGCCUGUCAGGAGCAGAUUGAAGCUGCGCUCAGGGAGAGUCUGAGGGAAGCUGCCCAGACCACCCCCAGUCCAGCGCCCAAAGCCCCCAGGGGCUCCAGCAGCCAGGGGCCCAGCCAGACCAGCACACCCACAGAUGUCACAGCCAUCCACCUGUAGCCCCGGACAGGCCCCAUCAAGUGGCCACUAAGCAGAGGAGGGGCUGCUGCAACCCUUUCCUGCCUCUAGGAACAAUCCAGGCCAUUCAAGAAACCUGAGGGGGCUCCUUCCCCUCACAAAACCCAAGGGGCCAGCUCCUGCCUAUCCCUGCAGUGUGCACUAAGGGGCCUGGCCAGCUGUUGUUGGUGUCUGCCUGGCUAGUCACCAGCUCCUCCUCCUCCCUGCGUCUGACCAGCCCAGCUCCCUCCUGGACUCUAGCUGUGUCAGAUGAAUUGAAACAGGUAAAGAUCUCUGCACCAGCAUUCCUUUUAGAGGCCCUUUUCUCCCUGGGGCACUCAUGUUCUCAACUGCCAAAAUGCCCUCUAAGUGUUGCCCCUUCUAGGGUUAUUGCAUUUGGAUUGGGAUCUUUCAGACACACUGAUAGACAUGUGAGGGGAUGUCAUCUCCAAUGGCUCUUCUCAGCACAUUUUGGAGGUCCCAUAUAAUCCAUGCUCCCAGCUGCUCCUGGAGGGAAGGGCCCAGGCCUCGGUCAGGGGCAAGAACCCACAAAUUCCUCCUUGCUUUGCUUUCCACUCAGCUUCUGUGUGAUUGAGGGGUUUGGUGCUGAAGGAAAAAGUUUUAAUUUAUUAAUUGCUUUGAGUACAACUGUAAGAGGGCGCAGUGGUGCCUGUCUACCCCACAAGUGGUGGUAACCCUGGUGGUUGCUGUUUUAUUCCCCUCUGCUACUGGCUAAAAGGAUUUUUGUGGCCCGGGAGCUGCUAUAGCCUGGGGUGGGAUCAUGCCCUCCUCUCCCUUUGGCCCUGUGCCCCGUCCUCCAGCAGGGAAAUGCUGGAGGUGGCUGAGUCCCCAUCUGGAGAGGGAGGCAAGCCCUGUCGACACAGGUCUUUCCUAAGGCCACAAGGUUUAGAUUGGUGGCCCAGGGCCAUCAUGCUGCCUUAAUAAAGAAUCUGGAAUAAACUGGU